GGGGAGGGGCAGCUGGGGGUGAGGGAAAGGGGCUGCACCACAGGGCGGUGGGCAUGGAAUGGGCUGCACGGGGCAGUAGGCACAGCCCUGAGUGCUGGAGUUCAAGGAGUGUUUGGAUACCACUCUCAAUCAUAUGGUCUGAAUGUUGAGCAGUCCUGUGUGAAGCCUGGUGCUGGACUCAGUGAUGCUUGGGGGUCCCUUCCAAGCCAGGAUGUCCUGUGAUUCUGUGAAUAGCAAGCAUUGGCACGAGGAGCAGCACUGGAAGAUUGUGUGUUUGUGCAACUACUCAAAAUAUAGGUAGUCGCUUCUGAGGAAAGGUAAAUCACUCACAGCUCUGUUCAUUUUGACAGUGGCUAGGAGAGGGAUGGGAAGAUCCGUAGAAGACUGAGCUUUUAAGGAGAAAGACAUUAUCAGGCUGGGGCUCUCUCUGGACGCUGGGGAAGCAAAGUUCAUCAGUGCCAGCCUUGCUCCGGGCAUUGGGAACGGCACACAGGCUCUCAGCGCAUCACCAUGUGACUGUCACAUGAGUUCCCCAAGGACAAUGGACCCUAAGGUGCGAGAGACUGAAGGAUAUGGAGAAGACAACUCAGGAAAGAAAAAAUCGAAGUUCAAAUCUUUCAAAAAGUUUUUUGUUAAAAAGAAAAGGAAAGAAAGUUCUUCAGGGAGCAGCAAUCUGAAGCUAUUCCAGUCAACAAGUGAUGUGGCGGCCUCACAUGACAUGCAUGCUAGUUUUGAUUCUGAAGAUGAACACGAGGCCCACAAGGGCAUUAUGGGAAGCAGAGCUUUGUCUCAUGACAGCAUUUUCAUCCCUGAAAUUGGACAAGAGUCUGCAAGGCCAGUAAGAGUAUUUUCUCAAGAAAAUGUUUCUGAUCGAAUUAGAGCUCUACAGAUGAAACUCCAGCCUACCAUGAAAUUGGGACCUCCGCCUCCAUUUGGGUAUCAUGCAAAGAGGACAGAUGAUGCUGGGACCAGUUCUGAGGACGAUGGAUUACCAAGAAGCCCUCCAGAAAUGUCUUUGUUCCAGGAAAUCCUAAGUUCAGGCACGACAGUGAGAUUCUCUGACUCUCACAAGCACCUUAGCUCUUUGAGUUUAGCUGGAACAGGCAGUGAAGAAGAAGAACAGGUUACACUGGGUCCUCAUUCCAGAUCUCGCUCUACAGAUGGGCAGCUGUACCCUAGGCAUGGAAGUGCUAAAACGAAAGCUCCCCACGACUCUGACAGCAGCAUUUCACCUGCUGCCAAUUUUGAAACUCCACCUGAGCUUUCCUCGUGCUUGGAUAACUCUGCUGCUAAACAUAAGCUUUUAAUAAAGCCCCGGAACCAGAGGUCCAGUAAAAUGAGAAGAUUUUCUCAGAGGACCCAGUCUGAAUCUCUGACUGAUUUGAGCUGUACACCAGAAGAAGAAGAGGAUGAUGAAAAGGAGAUGCAUGCAGACUUGCCAGAUGCUGUAUUCAAAACCAGUGAUCAAGAAGUGCCUUGUGGCACAUCUGCAGUGCAGGACAUGGCUUCCUGGCAGAAGCCCAGAAUGCCUGAGGACCUUCCCCCUGCUUUGAGACUGGCAGUGACUCAACCCGUUUCUGAGUCUGCUGUUGCACAGGAAGCUUUGCUUCCAGAGAAUGAACCGAAGGGCUGCCAACCAAUGCUGGAUACAUGUGUGAAGUCUGAGUGCUUGCUGAUGUCAGAAGGCAAAGGCUCCACAACUUCUCUGCACUCUGCUCCAGAUGGAGAAGUACAAAAGCCAAACGAUGCCUCAGCAGCAUCGGUUCUGUUGUCUGGGGAUGUGAGCAGUGAUGUGUCAACUAGUACUUUAAAUAAAGGAAAUAAGGAGCUUCCUUCUGUGAUUUCAGCACAUAAAAUACCAUCUGAAGAAGAUAUUUCAACUACUAAGAAUAGUAAUAUUUGCUUGGAAGAGUUAGAAGAAAACAUACAGAGCGAUGAUCAGGUACCUGUGGAAAUGUGCUGUAACAAAGAGACAAAGAAGGUGGUUGCCAUGUCAUCAGAGUCUAGCAAGCAGUUUUUCAUAGGUUCUUCCCAGCCCACAGAUUCAUCCCAUGUUUUACAUCCCUCUUCUUCAGCUCAGGUGGGAUCAUAUGCUUCCCAGUCUCUAGAGAAAGCAAAGGCUGUAGCAGCAGAAGCAUCUGCUUCUGGCAAAGAGAACAGUCAGUCAGUGGUCCACAAAGAAGAGAUUCUGGGGAAGAAAAAUGAAAAAGCUGCCAAUGAGCUCAAUGCCUCGAGAAAGUUCUCUGUCUCCUCUGCACGGGAAAGGCCAAAAACCAGAAGCCUACACUUUCCAGAAGGUUCAGUGUGUGAAAAUCCAUUAAAUACCAAGUUCUUCCUGUCCAACGUGAACGUCUCCUUGAAAAAUGAGAAGUUGAGUGAAGACUUGCAGAAGGGAUCAGAUCUGGAAGAUAGAAGAAGUAGCGACAAAAACCAAGCUUUGCUGCCAGAAUCUGACUCUGAGAACAUGGGCCAGUCUACAGAAAUGUUGGCUGUCUGUGGUUCUCCAGCUGUCGAUGCAGUUCCGGUGCAAAGUGAUUCUUCUGCAGUAUCUCCGAAUCAACAAAGCUGUGAAGAUAAAAAUCCUUUUCAAGUAAAACUUAGAUCCACCUCACUGUCCUUGAAGUAUAGAGACCACUUGUCAUCCGAAUCAAAAGGAAUUAAAAGAUACAGUGCAGAAUUUAACUUAGAAAAUCAGGGAUUGACUUUGUUUCUCAAAGGUGAUAAGGCAGAGAUCAAAAAAACAGCCGAUACAAAUAUUGAUGGUUCUUUAAAUGAAAAGAUCAAAUCCAAAGCAAAGUCCUCUGAACAGCUUAGUAGCAAACCUCCGUUGCCUAAAAAGCCUGUCUUGCAAAACAUAACUGUUCCAAGUAUUAAUGCAUGCAAGGAGAAGCAGGACAAAACUAUUCAUGCUCCAGAAUCCAGAAAUGAAGAUAGAGACGUGGAGAAAAGGCCGAAUCCUACUAAAGUGCCUGAGAGGAGUGUGUCUUUGGUGAUUGCUGGAGACUCCAGAAGGGAGCCUGACAGUCCCACAGAGCCAGCCUGGAUCACCAUCGCAAGGCAGAAGCAGUGGGGAACGCAGCAGGAGCAGGAGCUUGAUGGAGAGAAACCUGUCACUCCGGAUACUAAAUCAGAUACAGAGAAACAGAAUAAAGAGAAGGAAAGAACAGAGGGGUCAGUGAAACAGCAAUGGAGCAAACCUUCACACUUAGCGCCUAAAACCACUUCUGAAGAACAGAGGAAGGAGUCAAAGCCUGAAGCAAAAGAGCCGCUGACAAGAACCAAUUCACUGUCACAUUUUGUCUCUGUAGCUCAGCCACCGGCACCGGGGGAUAAAGAUGAAAUCGGCCACUUGAAGAAAGCCAGUAGUGCUGCUCCCGACCAGCCAUCAUGGAUGGAACUUGCCAAAAAGAAAUCUCAAGCUUGGAGUGAUAUGCCCCAGAUUAUAAAAUAGAAUUACGCAAAUGAAUAACAUCAUUUAUAAAUAAAUCAGCUACUUAAUUGAACUUCUACAGACCAAGUAGUCACAGUGAAGAAUCUCUGAUAUAUUAGUAAGAAGGCUCUUACUAUACAGCUGUGGAGAAAGCGUGCAAUAGGUGCAGUCAGAAAGUUUACCUUAAGCAAUUGUAGCAAUCAGGACUGCAAUGGCAAUGGAUUACUUAAAUUACGCUGAGAACAUCCUCACACUUUGGAAAACAAAAUUUCUGCUUUAUGUAUUUCUUGUGUUUUCUUCCUUUAAGGGCGUUUGCAUCAAAAGAGGAUCUUUGCUAAACUUUGCUGAGUUUCAGUUGUUGCAGUUCUGUUUGAUAUAUUUUUUCUCUGUUUACAUUUAUGAACUGUGCACUAACAUCCCGGUUCUGUUGAUGUGUGUCACUGGAAUUGCCUCACUCUUUUUCUAUCAAACUGUAGAAGUUUUCAUGAAUGGCUUCUAGUGAGUACUCUGCUAAAAUGUGCUGCUUGGACUCUGUGUUUGCUGAGCUGAACCAAGUGGUUCAGUCUCUGAUGUUAGAUUACAUUUCACGAGGCACGGCACAUUUAUGCAUGACCAUGAAUAAAAAUUCCUCAGGUUCUUCUGUGAGCAGCCUUGGUUGUAUGAUAUUUGUUAGAAGGUGACCAAUAAGGAAACUGGACCGAAGUUGGAAGCUCAUUGAAGUUACUUUUCGACCUGAAUUUAUCUGCAACUAUCUUCUCUUUAUGUGAAAUCAUCAUUCUCAACUAGGAGCGUGGUGUUAGCACCAAUGGACGAUUUUGCAAGCUAACGAUAAAUCCCAUUGGGGAACUUCCUGGAAAUUUAAUACCCAGGAAUUAAUGCUGAGGAAACCUAGCAGUGGCUAAGGCAAACAUUUCUCUCUGUCUAUGUAUGUAUGUGUGAAAUAUUGCCUUAAUUCUGUGCUCCCUAGGCUUAUUUAUGUAUAUAUUUGUGAUUUUCUUUCUCUUUCAGAAAACAUAUAUAUAUAUAUAUACAGGGAGACCUUAGGGAAUGUAAGAUUUCCUAAGAAACACAUCUGCAGUUUGGAAGUUUUGGUUGUGUUGUCUUCUUUAAGGAGGUGGGGAGUAAAAGCUGGCCUAAUGAUUAUUCCAUUUUGCAACAAACAGCGCAUUGGAACAUGUGAAUACCCAAGGCACUGUGGUAGAUUCACCCUGAUGGACAACAAAACGACACCACAGCCACUACCUACCAUGGGACCCACCUUUCAGGCACUGCUCCACAUGGGUCCCCAAUGGGCAGCAGCUCCUCCAGCCCUCCCACCCCACUGCAGGCUGCUCUUCAUGGGCUGCAGCUCUGGCCCUGGCGCUGCUCUUCCUGUUCUGUUUUUGUAUCCAGGUGAUACUGUAGGACCAGCAGAAAAAAAUAGGUACAUUUUGCACGAAUUACUAAAAAGAUUUUAACUCCCUCUGUAAUAAUUUUUUAGCAUAUAGUGUUAUUUUAAUAUAUAUUGUUACUAUGUUGUAGCAAUCUUGAAAAAAUGGUUUCUGUAUUGAAGGAGUGUUCUCUAGUUAUUGCCAUAGUCCUUACCCAUACCCUGUGCUAAGAGGAUGACAUUUUCAGGAAAUACAGUGAAAAAUGCA